AUGAACUUGAUAGCGAUGAACGACAAGGAUGAGAUCUAUGAGGAUCCUGAGUCUACUGAGGUUGAUGAGAGCGAGGACACGGAUGAUACGGGAGCGAGUGUGGAGGCAGCAGUGAAGCAGGAAGAAGAGAUAGUCACCAUGGAGGCAGCAGCGGUGAAUGAUGGAGAUGGAGAUGGUGUCAACACUUUUGCAGCAGCGGUCGUGGUUAAAGAUGAAGCAGUAAAUGCGAAGUGUGUGGGAGUUGAAGCUGUGAAAGGGGGCAUCAUGGUGAAGGGAUCAAAGGCGAAUGCAACUGCAAAGGGGCGAGUGCUUACAAAAGAGGAACACGUUAAGGGGUGUGAGACCCGAGAGGUGUUGGGUGUUAAGACACCGAGGAGAAGCGAGAGGCUCAAGAAAAUGUUUCAUGGAUUGGAUGUCAAGGCGCUCAACUUCAAGACACGCGCCAGGCAGGCGGGACUGCUAACUCCUGGAGACGCGAGCUACUGGGUCUCUGGUGCCAACUUCACCGCGUCGGAGCAUGCCGCUGUCAUGAUGAUUGAACCAUUCGUGCUGGAGGGGGAAGUUGAGGUCAUCUGUAGCCGCACGAUUGUCGCCUUUCUGGACUGGCACGAGACAUUCGUGCGGGCUGCGGAGCACACGGAUGAGAGUCUGAGUGCGUUCGACACUGCCACUCGUAGGAUGGUGCAGUUGGUGGAAAGCACCUUUCCACGCGAGCACUCUGGGUGGAACCUUGUGAAGGUGCACCUGCUGCUUCACCUUACUGAGGCGAUUCGAAGGGGGGGGCUGCCACGAGAGUACUCCGCGGCGGUGUACGAGAACGCACACAUCCGCACCUGCAAGAGGCCGUACCGACGGUCCAACCAUCGGGACGUGGGGCGUGUAAUUGCGCAGCAAAACACCAACGCUGCUCUACUGACCCGUAUCCCAACCAACCUCGAGGGCGACCGCCAGUACAACACCGCGAUGCGCCGGGCAAUCGCCAGUGGGCUGCCCCAGCUGUGCCGCCAGCGAUCCAGGAUGCACAGCGCGAUCACGGACAGGGAGCAGGCUCCCCUGGACCUGUACGCGACGUACGAUGCCGCAAUCCCGGGAGGCAUCGGGCCAUACGCCUACUUGACGCGCCUCUUUGGCUACGUCUCUUUCCCAGCGUGGGUCCACACGGCGCUGGCUCUACCAGCCCGCGGGACGGACCACGGCCUGAUCAGGCCACACUAUGUCCGCGCCAACCCCUCGCACCAUGGUGCUGCCACAUUCUCGUUCAUUGAGUACGAGGAUGGGACCGGGGAGACGGUGGUCGGCCGCGUGCACCUGCUCCUGACGCUGAUGAUGAACAGCGAGGAUGCACACCCCGCGGGAGAGGCCGUGGCCUUCGUGAGGCAGUGGUACCCCUCCCUGGAGGACGAGUGCACUGGCUGCAUGAGGAUGCGGUCAUCUGAUGACGAGCUGAGCUACGACCUUGUGCCGGUCGCCUCCGUGCAUAGGACCGUGCACAUGGUGGAGUCGUUUGUGACGCCUGGCCUGUGGUAUCUUAACAGCGGCGCCGCGACGCGGCGACUCGCUCGCGCGAGCCCCAGUCCCGGCGGCGCCUCCCCUUCCGCCUCCGCGUCGCCACACGCGUUCCCGAUCUCUCCUUUCGCCGACUCCAUUCCGUGGCCGUCCGAUGACGACGCGGAAUUCAGCGCAUUCGACGGCGAGCCGUCCCCCGCCAGCGCGUUUCCCUGCGGCGGGUCUUCAGUUGAAGGACGAGCCAGCACUACCAGUAGUGGUGCUGCGGCAGCCGACGUGGCGAUUAAUGAUUGGCUGAACGAAGUAGCGGCGUCAAUGGCUCAAAUGGCACCAAUGCCAUUCGAGUUGGUGCUGGGGCGGAAGCAGCAGCAGCGGCUGAUGAGGCGCACCGGUAGAAAGGGAGGUGCAAGUGGGGGCGGUGUUGGGGCGGCAGUGGCUUCUGCUGAGGAGGGAGAUAUGCAGGGGGCAGUAGGUGUGAUUCGGCGAUGCGUGCACCGCAGCACCGGGGAGAUCGCCGCCUGCAAGAGCAUCCGGAAGGCUGCCAUUCAGGUAGGGCGCUCCCUGUCAGGGGAUCUCCCUGCCCUUACCUUUCCACUCUUACCUCCCCACCGCACCCUCAUCUCCCCACCCUCAUCUCCCCACCCUCCCCACCCUGUCACAGAGGAGCUCAAGGGCCACAUUGACAUCUUUUGGAUCAAGCAGGGAUACGCACAGGCACGCUCAACCUUGCUUACCCUUCUUUUCCCUUGCCUCGUCCCAUCCCUCUCCCUCUUUCCCUUGCCUCUUCCCAUCCCUCUCCCUCUUUCUCUUGCCUCUUCCCAUCCCUCUCCCUCUUUCCCUUGCCUCGUCCCAUCCCUCUCCCUCUUUACCUUGCCUCGUCCCAUCUCUCCCUCUUUCCCUUGCCUCUUCCCAUCCCUCUCCCUCUUUCUCUUGCCUCUUCCCAUCCCUCUCCCUCUUUCCCUUGCCUCUUCCCAUCCCUCCCCACUUGCCCUUGCCUCUUCCCAUCCCUCCCCUCUUUCCCUUGCCUCUUCCCAUCCCUCUCCCUCUUUCUCUUGCCUCUUCCCAUCCCUCUCCCUCUUUCCCUUGCCUCUUCCCAUCCCUCCCCUCUUUCCCUUGCCUCUUCCCAUCCCUCCCCUCUUUCCCUUGCCUCUUCCCAUCCCUCUCCCUCUUUCUCUUGCCUCUUCCCAUCCCUCUCCCUCUUUCCCUUGCCUCGUCCCAUCCCUCUCCCUCUUUCCCUUGCCUCGUCCCAUCCCUCCCCUCUUGCCCUUGCCUCUUCCCAUCCCUCCCCUCUUUCCCUUGCCUCUUCCCAUCCCUCCCCUCUUUCCCUUGCCUCUUCCUAUCCCUCUCCCUCUUUCCCUUGCCUCCCUCCACAACCCCCCCAGCACGUGCAUGUUCCCUGUAGAGCACGUGCACGUGGUGAUGGAGCUCGGUGAGGGGGGAGACCUGUUUGACUGCAUUGACUCGCACGAAAGGCUCUCAGAACCUUCCGCAGCGUGCAUUUUCCGAUCGCUCAUGCUGGCCUUGCAGCACUGCCACUCGCACGCCAUCGUGCACCGCGACGUUAAACCCGAGAACAUCCUUCUGUCGGAUCAUGCUAAUAACGAGGAUACCGGGAAAGCUAAUGGCAAUGACUGUGAAGUCAAGCUGAUUGAUUUUGGAUUGACCGCAAGGCACACUCCGGGUGUUGCUCUAUCAGGGGUGUUUCGUGCCCUUCGUCGUUACGACGCCGCCCCCCCUUUUCCCUCCGGGUCGGGCUCGUUCCACCCUGGUGGCUCCCACAGCUCGCCUCAUCCUUGCCCUCCCACCUUUCAACAUGCUGCUCUACCGCCCCGCUAUCCCCCUGGAUCAGCCUCCCCCCCUCAUGCCUCUCAGGUUCCACUCUGGACCCUCAGGUGGCCCUGA